AUGAUAUGGCCGAGGCUAAAAGAAAACCAAAUGCUAAGAAGAGACAGGUCUCACGAGACAACUCGGUCUCAGACAACGAUGCAUCUUCUACAUUGAGACCAACUGUUGGUGCCCAUAGUCAUCCUUUACCAGCUAUAACAGACUCUUCAGAAAAAGGAGUGCGUAGGAAUAACAGUCCAGCUCAUGAGGGCGGCGGACGUCUUAGACAUCUUGAAGGACGAUUGAAUGUGACUGAUCAGUCAAAUAAGGCAUUAUUAGAAGAACUUGUUCGUUUACAGGGAGAACUGAAAGGAAGCAUACGGCGUAAUGAAGACACAUUGAGGGAGGAAAGGGAAGAGAGGCUUGUUCUAUCAGAAAAAAUUAGAUCAGCAAAUAAUUUGUACACUCAGAUGAUGAUGAGAGUCGCACGUGCUGAAGAAAAACUUGAAUCAGAGCACAACACAGUUGGGACUCUUGUUAACCACACCAAGCAGAUGGAACAGGCUUUAUUAGGAAAUCAACAGCAGUUACUAAGUCGCCGGGAACAGCUUCACGUUCAUGUGGAACGAGUCAAAGACGACAUGGAAGACAUGAGAGAAAGCCAAGAACAAUUGCAGAAAAAUAUGAGGGCUCUAAUAGAUGAUGUUAGAACAAUGAAGAGUAAACAUGAAGUGCAGACUGUUCAGUUUGGCACUGUGGUACAAGAAAUAAGACAGAGGAUGAAGAAAAUUGAGGGUGACACAAACAGUGCAAUGUCCUCCUUAAAGAAACAACAUGAUGAUCAGAACACUAAAGAAGCCAAUUCAUUUCAGUUCAAGAGUAUCAUGGAAGCAAGAUUAGCAGAUAUAAAAGAGAUAACCAGUGAAUUGAGAAGGCGCAUUGAAGCUGAGGAAAGUGAGAGAAGAACAGCUAGUCAACAGAACCAGCUCAGUAUAGAACAGUUGAGAACUGUUGUGCAGGAAAGUCAUCACCAGAGAGAACAAGAGUUAUAUGCACAGUCCAUGAAUUCCAAGGAGAAGGAGGAUCUUCUUGAGAGUGAAAGAAAUAUGAUUGCCAGUAAACUGGCAGAACUUUCAGACGAGCAGAGCAAAAAGAUGUUACAGAAAGAAAUAAGACUAAGAGAAGAUGCUCAUGCAAAGUUUGUUUUGUUAGAAAAGAAAUUACGCGAGGAACAAGCAGCUAGACUUGUGUUUGAGAGAACACAGCGAGAGGAGAUGGAUAAACGUUGGCAGUCACUCAAAGCAUACAUUGAUGAAGAAGCACAAUCAGCUAGACAAGCUCAGCAGGUUGCACAGGCAAGGACUGACCAGAGUCUUGUGCGGCUUAACGAGUCCAUAACAUUACUUGAAAGACAGAUGGAGGAAGGAAGGAAGGCUAUAGAACAAGUGUUACAUGCUGAAAUCACAUCAAGGCAAUCACAAAGUGAGAAACUGUCCACCAGAUGUAAUCAGUUACAAGACAAACUAAACAUGGCCAUCAGCACUUUACAACAAGCACUUGGUGGGGUCAACUCACAGGUUUCCGACAGUGUGGCCAAGGCAAAAGAAGAAUUGAUCGGCAUGAUGGACGAGAACAGUAACACAGGGAUCAAAGGAUUGGCAAACAUGGACACAAGACUUGCCAAGUUGAACAAGCGAAUAGGAGAGAUGGAAGGUGUUCUCAGCAAGCUUGAAAAGCGGAUUAAAAAAGUGGACACUCCGAAAAAAGAGCAUGGUAAAGUUGACAAAGAAGAUCGAGACAGAAGCUUAGAACAGGUGGAUAGUUGGCGUCAAGACACUGAUGAGCAGUUUAGAGAGCUACAAGACAAGCUUAGGCCUCUUCCUGAUGAGAUUGCUCUCCUUCAAAGACAGCUUGCAGCGCUGAAAGCUGACUUAGAGGCCAAGGAAGAAGAAGAGAGAAGAAAAGCAGCAGAGCGACCUCGUUCUCCAUUUGUCAGAGAGACAGAACCUGAGUUGGAGCCGGAGCCGGAGCCGGAGCCGGAGCCGGUACCGGUGCCAGAGGAGCAGGAGGACACUGGAGACUUGCGGAAUAAGGUGCAGAAGCUGGAGGAGGAAGUGCAACAGACCUCUUCUCAAGUAGCUAAACUGGAAAAUACGGUUGAGACCUUACGGACCGUCUUGACACAAAAAAUACAAUCGGAAGCCCAAACGCGAGGUGAUUCUAUUGAGGAACUGAAGGAGCAGCUACUGAAGAUUAAUGCCACGGAAUGAAGAACAGGCUGCCAUAGAACAAGACGUAAACAAAGUCAUUCGGUAUUACCUUCAAGAUCAUCGACGCGUAUUCGUCAAAUACAGAC